GAGCCGCCGUCGAGCCCGGACAGCGAGCGGAGGCGAGAGGACCGGGUUGAGACACCACCACCACCACCACCACCACCACCACCGCCACCACCACUGCCACCGCAGGCCCCGGCUGUGACCCCGCCAUGACCUGGAGCGCGUCGGCGCGGGGCGCGCACCAGCCGGACAACACGGCCUUCACCCAGCAGCGCCUCCCGGCCUGGCAGCCGCUGCUGUCUGCCGGCAUCACGCUGCCCCUCUUCUUCUGCGCCGGCCUGGCCUUCAUCGGCCUGGGCCUGGGCCUCUUCUACUCCUCCAACGGCAUCAAGGAGCUGGAGUACGACUACACCGGCAACCCCAGCCGCGGCCACUCGGGCGCCGGCCACUGCUCGCUGUGCGCCGCCGAGGGCCAGGGGCGCGCGCCGCCGCCCCGCUGCUCGUGCUCCUGGAACUUCACGCUGCCGGAGCUGUUCCCGGGCCCCGUGUACCUCUACUACGAGCUGUCCAACUUCUACCAGAACAACCGGCGCUACGGCGUGUCCCGCGACGACUCGCAGCUCAGCGGCCUGGCCGCCUCGCUGCGCCACCCGGCCAACGAGUGCGCCCCCUACCAGUACAACGCCUCCGGCUGGCCCAUCGCGCCCUGCGGCGCCAUCGCCAACAGCCUGUUCAACGACUCCUUCUCGCUCUGGCACCAGCGGCGGCCCGGGGGGCCGUACGUCGAGGUGCCGCUCGACCGCGCCGCCAUCGCCUGGUGGACCGACUACCACGUCAAGUUCCGCAACCCCCCGCUGGUGAACGGCAGCCUGGCGCUGGCCUUCCGCGGCACGGCGCCCCCUCCCAACUGGCACCGGCCGGUCUACGACCUCAGCCCGGAUCCCAACAACACCGGCUUCAUCAACCAGGACUUCGUGGUGUGGAUGCGCACCGCGGCGCUGCCCACCUUCCGCAAGCUGUACGCGCGCAUCCGCCAGGGCAACUACUCGGCCGGCCUGCCCCGGGGCGCCUACCGCGUCGACAUCACCUACAACUACCCGGUGCGCGCCUUCGGCGGCCGCAAGCUCCUCAUCUUCAGCAACAUCUCUUGGAUGGGUGGCAAGAAUCCUUUCCUGGGCAUCGCCUAUCUGGUCGUCGGCUCCCUCUGCAUUCUCGUGGGGUUUGUCAUGCUGGUCGUCUACAUUCGCUACCAGGACCAGGACGAGGAAGACAGCGAGGACGAGUGAGGCCGUCGACCCCUUCCUGCUCCUCGGCCAAGCCGCUUUCGGCGCUGGCCCUUUGCUCCCAACACAACUUGAGGCUCGCCGACCUCCUGUUGUGGGCGAAGGGCCUGGAGAAGGGAAUUAAUGACCAGAGACCUCUUAGAGGCGCCGGGCUGUUCUCGGGUUUUGGACGGCAGAAUGAUGCAUCUGGCGAUUUCUCCCCAGCUCACCGAGUUGACGUGUCAGGUCCUUCAAGUCCACAGCAUUUCAGAGCAAAGGACAGGUCCGAUUCUUGGAGUGGAACUCAUUAAGACCAGCAACAGCUAGCAGUUGGAUCCCGAUUCUGAGUCUAAGCUUUUGUGCCUUCAGUUUUCUGGGACGGAGGUAUAAGGCGGGAGGGGAAGGGUUGAGAUGGAGAGUGGUACCACCCAUCGACGGCCUAUGCAGCCUGGAGGAGUGGGGAAAGCGCAUCUGUUAGAAUUUAAGUCGACGAAGAGGCACCAAGCCUUUCGGGUUGUGCCGCAGUAAGGCCAGAAUGAGCAAGCUUCCGUGGGAGUCUCCGUGCCCUUGAAUCUGGGAAUCUUGAGCCAGGUUGGGCCUGAAGCAUUCACCUGAGUUCGGUUUUUCCGGUUAUAAUGUGUUCCCAUGAACAGUGGCAAUCAUAGCUUUCAGGUUUGGCCUUAAACAUGGGAAGUUAGCGAUUUGCAGAGUGGAUGAGAAAAAGUUGCUCAGUCUAGGAAACUAACGUACAGAUCUGCAGGGCAGAAACACGUCAACUUGUCAUUAAAUGUAAAAACCAACUUCACAAGACGCUAUGUAAAAACUUGAAAAUGCAAGGCCAGUUUGCAUGGCUCAGGGGGAAAUGCUUCAACCCUAGCAACUUAGCUGCAAAUGAUGUUAGUGGGAAGUUGUUUCCCUGGAAACAACUUCUUGAGUGGCCCUUGCCUUCUUGCUCACCUCCUUUUCAGUCAUCACCACUUUUUUUUAAAUGCUUAAGAAAAUAAUUUAAUUCAUAUCAUUUUCACAGAGCGCUAUCUUAAAUGCAGUUUUAAUUCUCAAAUGAAACCCAUUUCUAGUGAUCAUGUUUAAAAAUGCUAUUUUGCAUAUGCAGAAUAGACUCGGGAUUAUUUUAGCCCUUAAGAUAAUGUUAAAAUUACUCAGCUGCCUUUAUUUGAUUGCCUACAAUUGAUACAAAGUUAUUCUCAGAGACAACUGGGACAAUUUUCUUUUAAACUCCCCCUUUUAUGGAACAAUAAUUUAAGCGAACUUAACAAUAAAAUUUCCCAGGAUACUGUCUUCCAGGUUCACCGAAGAAACUUUACUUGAUAGUUGUAGGGAUCCUCUGGCCUGGCUGUCUAGAGCACUGUAUUUUAAUUCUUCUAAGGCAGCACAGGUCUUGUAGUAUGUUUUACUUUUAUGGCAGUCAAAUGUUGAGUUAGAAUAAUUUCUACACAUUCUGUUAUUCUGUUCUAGUUGAUGCUUAGUUUUGGAUGAACAGCAUGUCUGUCUAAGAUCAUCUGGGUCAAAAAGUGACUUAAAAUAAUCUUGUCUCAUUUUUAUGUAUGUCAAAAAAAUUUAUUUAGUAAUUCCAGUGUGCUGGCUUUCUGACCUCUGAAUGUGAUAAAAUUUAGUAUUAGAUCACAUACUGUGUUUUUUGACUAUGAAAAGUUGAUCAUUUGUAUUUUCAGGAAGUUUUAUUUAUUAUGAAAGCUUGACUGAUCAGUUGUCCUCUGUCAGAUAAUGGCGUUUGGUACAUUUUUUUUUCAUUCUAUAGUUGAAGGUAACUAUGCAUUUCGCUAUCCUUUGUAGAGCAUUAGUUUUUUGUUAUAAAUUUUUUAUGUGAGACCAUGCAGCUUAAAGUCCUGUGAUUAAAUUGUGGUUUCAGGCUUUGCUUUUGAAAGAGAAGAAAGGUUGUGUUUGUCUUUCUCUGUUAUCACAUUACUUGGUUCUUUUGAACUAUGAUCUUAAAGGCACAAACAGUACCAGCAUUUACCUCAUGCUACUAGCAGAUUUAUAUUGCACCCGGAAUGUCACCUUUCAGAAUAAGAUUCAGUCAAUGUGAACUCACUCUUUUAUUGCUAACUUCCUAAAACAGAAUUUGAAUUUUUAUCAACAGCCUGUGUUUGAAUUACAUGAUCUUCAACUAUUGUUUAAGUUCUGUAAAUGACAAUCUUUUAACUUUUAAUAUGAAAGGUCAUUAAAGAAUGUGAUCAUAGCAGCCUUGCCUCUCUAUGUUUUACUCAGACUGUAAAUUUCAAUUAUUUGUUGGUAUUUGAGACCACAGAAGAGCAGAGAGUUUAAAAUGGAAGUGUCUGACCUUUGCUUCAGUGACCCCAGGGCUGGGUAGCAUUUUUUGCCCAGUGUCAUGAUUCUGGUUGUAUCCCUGUGGAAGUGUAUCCCAACUGGAAGUAUGCCUUCUACAAGUGAGACACAGAGCAAACCCCAGAAGUUAAACCAGAAAUCAACUUUGACCUACUUUGUGAAAUAAAGGUACAAAACGGAAGUGUUCAGUCAGAUACUGAAUACCUUUAUUUGGAUUGUUCACUGCAAGUAAAUAACAACAACAACAAAACAUUAAUGAAACAAGGUGAGGUUUGGAGCAGCUCCUCAACUGAAGUCACUCAGCAAUCUGCUUACUAGACCGUUGUUAAAAGUCAAGGACGUUGUUUCCUUUGGGACAAAUGUUACUAGGUAAGAUUAUAAACAAAAUUCCUUCUGCCACACCAAAGAGCUGUUGGUGAGUCUCAGUGUUAUCAACCAGCUCCUUAUCUGGACUUGGGUGAAAGUCAUCAGUCACUGUCAAUAAAUUUAAAUUUUAAAAUUUAAAA